AUGAGCGUGGACGAUGUCCCCGUCCAGGGCGAGAACAAGGAAAUCGAAGCCUCCAAGCCCGCGGAGGAAGAGACCCCCAAGGCCGUUGAGGCGCCCAAGGAGACGAAGGCUGAGAAGAAGUCCGAUGAUACCCCCAAGAAGUCCAAGAAGGAGAAGAAGGGAACCCAGUCGGUGACUGAGCAAGAUACCCCCAAGCAGGAUGGCAAGAAGGGAGCCAACGAGGCCGCCGCUUCGCCUGCCACGAAGGCUGGACCCAAGGCUAAGAAGGGCAAGGGCAAGGCUAAGGCCAAGGCUUAA